AUGCAGACUCCUCAGAAAAGCCCGAGCAUCAGCCUUUUUGAGCAGAGGAAGAGCUCAGCAACCAGACAAGAGGAAGUUGCUGGAAUCCGGGCAAAGUUCCCAAACAAGAUCCCGGUAAGAUUUCAUUCGCUCACCACGGAGCAGUUCCUGCCUGUGCUGGACAAGACCCAGUUCCUGCCUGGCCCUCAGGGGCUGACCGUGACCCAGUGCCUCGGCAUCAUCCGGAGCCCCAUGGUCCUCAGGGCCACUGAAGCCUUUCACCUGCUGGUGAACCACAGGAGUGUGGCCAGCGUGAGCGUGACCGUGGCAGAGAUCUACAGGGACUGCAAGGACGAGGACGGCUUCGUGUACAUGACCUGUGCCUCCCAGGAGGUGUUUGGGGGCUUGGGGUCGGCAGCCACAUCCUGGGGGCAGACCCUGCCAUCCUCUCCAGUGUGUGUCAACACCGUCCUCGGAUGGCUCCACCAAAGCCGGCAGCCUCCUCCUGUGUGUGGUGGAUGGUCCAGGCAGGGCCGUCUGCAGUGA